AUUUGGCAAAAAAAACGGUCGUAGCAGGAAAUGGAGGGAAAUGCUAAAGUUGCCCCCUAUCAGCCAGUGUAGUGAGCUGAAACACGUCAUUGAAAAGGAUUUUAGCAGUCUUUGUGAAAAGCAGCCAAUAGGAAGACUUCUCUUCAGGAAAUUCUGUAGUACAAUUCCAGAUCUAAAGCUAUGUAUUGAAUUCUUGGAUGCAGUGGCAGAGUAUGAAGUCACCAUUGAUAAGGAUCAGGAAGGUUGUGGACUAGCAAUCUUGGAUAGAUUCUUCAGUAAGGAGAACUCCAAAUCGACUCUAUCAGAAAUUUCUUCAGAAACUGUGAAAUACUGUAGAGGGAAUCUGAAUCAGAAGCCCUCCAAGAACAUCUUUGAGGAAUGUACCAGAAUUGUCCGUAACUAUUUGAGUUCAAAACCAUUUGAAGAAUACCAAGAAAGCUCAUAUUUUUCUCGAUUUUUACAAUGGAAAUGGCUGGAAAGGCGGCCAGUAACAAAGAAUACAUUUAGAUAUUACAGAGUUCUAGGAAAAGGCGGAUUUGGAGAGGUUUGUGCCUGUCAAGUACGAGCUACAGGAAAGAUGUAUGCCUGUAAAAAGCUUGAAAAAAAGAGAGUAAAGAGGAGGAAAGGUGAAGCUAUGGCUUUGAAUGAAAAAAUUAUACUAGAAAAAGUGCACAGUAGAUUUGUGGUAAGUAUUUUUACCAUCCCUAUGUGUUCUGCCAUCUUUAUCGUGAACAUGGUAACUCUGAUGAGCUUGAAAGAUCUUUCUCCAGGCUUCCUUGUGAACUGCCAGCACAGCCUCACAGUCAGCCUGCUGUGGAAGCCUCCUGGGGCACUGUUCAGGAGUCUGUUGAGAGACUUAAAACCUGAGAAUAUCCUCCUGGAUGAUCAUGGACACAUUCGGAUUUCUGAUCUUGGUCUAGCCCGGGAAGUCCCUGAAGGAGAGACAGUUCGAGGAAGAGUUGGAACCAUCGGCUACAUGGCUCCAGAAGUUAUCGAUAAUGAAACGUACACAUUUAGUCCUGAUUGGUGGGGACUUGGCUGUCUGAUAUACGAAAUGAUUGAGGGACAUUCUCCAUUCAAAAAAUUCAAAGAAAAAGUUAAGCGAGAGGAGAUUGAUCAAAGAGUGAAGACAGAUACUGAACAGUACUCCGAGAAAUUUUCAGAAGAUGCCAAAUCCAUCUGCAGGAUGUUACUCAUCAAAAACCCAAGUGAGCGGCUGGGCUGUAAGGGUGAUGGAGCUGCGGGAGUAAAGCAGCACCCGGUGUUCAAGAACAUUAACUUUAGCAGGCUGCAAGCACACAUGUUAGACCCUCCUUUCUGUCCUGAUCCUCAGGCCAUUUAUUGUAAGGAUGUCUUGGAUAUUGGGAAGUUCUCUCUGGUGAAAGGAGUCUACUUGGACACCACAGAUGAAAACUUCUACGCGCAAUUUGCUACUGGGUGUGUCUCCAUCCCCUGGCAGAAUGAGAUGAUUGAAUCUGGAUGUUUCCAGGACAUCAAUGAAAGACAAAGUGACGAGAAUCUCGCAUCAGAUCACAAGGAGAAAAUCUCUUCCCCAUUAUCUAAAUCAAAGAGAAGAUUCUUCUAUGAACUCUUCAGAAGAGGGAAGGAGAAGAUACCUAAGGUUUUGAGUGCCCUACAGUUAGCAUCUCUCAGAAGUUCAUAACUUGUUGCAUACAGGGCUGCCUGAGUGCUGGCCCUGAGAACGAAGAGGGAGGGGAGCGGACACAACGCUGACUGUUCUGGUGCAUACUGAAGAUUGAGACCCUGACACCAAGAAGAAGCACGCAGAGUUUCCUCCUACUCAUGACCUGUGAUAAACAUCCUUGGACACAUUACAUCAUACCUUCACAGAUUUUUCUACAUCAAUGCCAGCAUUUUCUUUUCACUGAAGUGGAUUAAAGGAAAAAAGAAAAA